CAUCUCGGACCCCAGUGUGUUUUGAGAGCUCGGAAUGUAUAUAUAAGCUGCUCCAUCAGAGAAGAGCUAGUUUUGAAAAAGUGAGACGCACAGUUUUCUCAACACAGCCAUGUUUGCUGUGAUCUCAUUCCUGUUGGUCGGGUCCGUGACAAGCGCACCGCGUCUUCAGGUGAAGGAUGAGAUUGCUGGAAAGGACAUCUAUUACAGAAAUGCAGUUGAGGAUAACAAGCUCUGGCCGUCUGGAGUUGUUCCUUACGUCUUCAAUUCUGAAUACGCAAGUGCCUGUAAGGACGAGCACCAGUCCUGUCCACACUGGGCCAGUAUCGGGGAAUGUGACGUCAAUCCAAACUACAUGUUGGUCAACUGCCGAUUGAGCUGCGGUGUUUGUGAACAAAUAUCCGAGAGAAGCACCUGUCAGGACAACCAUGCCAGCUGUAGUUACUGGGCCAGUACCGGCGAGUGUCAGAUCAACCCCAACUACAUGCUCGUCAACUGUCAGGCCAGCUGCGGCACCUGCCAACCAACAUCUACGUGUCAGGAUAACCAUGAGCUCUGUUAUCACUGGGCCAGUAUCGGGGAAUGUGACGUCAACCCACCCUACAUGUUAGUGAACUGUAUGCAGAGUUGUAACGUCUGUGCAAUAGCCGAGCCUACAUCGGACCAGAAGCCAGAGGAAGGGUCUGAGGCGGCGAUCAUACUGGCAGCCAUGGCGGACUUCCAUAGCGAGACCUGCAUCCAGUUUGUACCACGUACCACCGAGCAAGACUACAUCCACAUCCGCAAACUGGGAGGUUGCCACUCCGAGGUUGGUCGCCAGGGAGGGCGCCAGGAGCUGUCCCUCGCUAAUGACUGUCUUCAGAAGGGAACCAUCACCCACCACCUCAUGCGCGCCAUAGGCUUUCACUACGAGCACAACCGUCCCGACAGGGACCAGUGGGUCGAAAUACAGCUGGACAACGUGCAAGAUGAUCACGUCCACGAUUUUGACAAGAACCCUGAAGGCCGUACCCUGAACCUGCCUUACGACUACGGUUCCGUCAUGCACUUCGGCAGUCACGUCUUCAGUAAGAACGGUCUGGAGACCAUUACAGCCAAGCAACCUCUGAACGGCGCAGUGAUGGGCGGCUGGCGGCACACCGGCUUCAGUGACCUGGACAUCGAGAAGAUCAACACGCUGUACCAGUGCUGAGGCUACAGUCGCUUUCACUGUAAACCGGGCUGCUGAGAUUGACAAGCUAUUCUAAGAUGGCUGGGGGUUAUUUUCACAAGACUGCUGACCGCAGAAUAAAGUGGCUCAUUAAUGA